GUUUCAUUUCUUACACUUUAGCCGCGCACAGCUUCUUCCUCCAUCUCUCUGCAGCAUCUUCUUCCGGCACAUCACACCUCUAUAUUCAGCCUAUUAUAAGCUCUAUUUGACCGCUACCGUCCAGACUUUUCGCCAGUACACAUCGCCAGUUGUCAGGUAGUCUAUGAGGAUGAAGGGCGCGAAAUUGGCCGUGGUUUUCAGCGUGUUUUUGGCCUUCGUCCUCCUGACUGAAGCAGCGCGAAGCAGGAGAGACUCCAGCAGUCAGAACAGCCUCAGGAGGGCGGCCAGCGGCUUCUACCAAACCCUCAGCAAUAUCUUCGGAGAGGAGAACAUCAAGGCGCUGUACAAGUUCUUCUCAAAAACCACAGAGAGGUUUGUUUAUGGAGUCGAUUCCUUAUUGGACACAUUGUGGAAACUGUGGGUGGAUCUGCUUGAUGUUAUGGGCAUCGACUCCUCCAACCUGACGCACUACUUCAGCCUGUCGUCCGUGUCCAGCUCUCCUGCUCGUGCUCUUCUCCUGGUGGCAGCCUUGCUGGUGGCUUACUGGUUUCUGUCUUUGUUCCUGAGCGGCUUCUUUUACAUCCUCCAUGCGGUGUUCGGCCGCUUCUUCUGGCUGGCCCGCGUGGUCCUUUUCGCCCUCUCGUGCCUGUACAUUCUGCAGAAAUUCGAGGGCGACCCGGAGAAAGCGGUGCUGCCGCUGUGCUUCAUCAUGGCCGUGUACUUCAUGACGGGACCGGUGGGAGCGUACUGGCGAAAAGGAGGCGGACCUGGAACUCUGGAGGAGAAGAUCGACCACCUCGAUACCCAGAUCCGCCUCCUUAACAUCCGCUUGAGCAGAGUGAUUGAAAACCUAGAGCGCUCAAGUGACCAAUGAAGUCAUUUUCACCCCAUAAGCUGGGAUUUGUGGGAUGGGAUAUAAAGAAAAGGUGUUUUUUGUUUUCCCUCGUUUUUCUCAGGAUGUCCCAACAUUUUAGUCAAGCAAGAAUUGUAUGUGACACAUAUGAAAAUUUGAUAAAUCCUCAGUUGAUAUAUCAAGAGGAGUCUAUUAGAUUUACCCUGUUGUUGUCGAAUGUAUUAUUAGUGUCCACUUCUACUGUAGCCGCCCAUUUUUGAGUAAAUAUCAGGACUUUUUUGUAUACUGUGGGUCUGUGUGUGCCUGCAAGCCUUGAGUUGAGUGCGUUAGUCCAUUGCGCAGUGUUAUGCCCUUUUCCAUAAGCUUUGUUAAGACACGUUUGGUAAGUGUGUGUGUUAUUUAUCUAUCAAAGGCAAUGCAAUUGAGAGUUGAUUUGGAAACACUCAAAAUGUGAAGAAUAGUCAGUAUCACUGCAUUUUUCAUCUCUCCCUUGUCUCUUUUUGAGGUCACCAGAGGUUAGUUCAGGACUGAUCAGCACUAUCAGGGAUAGAGAUGUGGAAAUCACGUUCAGAAAGCAGCUAGUCAUCAGAAGCGUGAGGAUAUUCCUGGCAGCAAAAUAACAGUGCUGCAAUAUACACCAGUAUCUUCAGCCAGGAGAGAGAGAUGUUCUCAUGUGCUUCAGAUAAGUACGUACGGGGUAAAACCUGGUCAUGCACUUUGUUCUCAUCAUGAGAUCAUUGUAUUAAUUGUAUGUACCAUUUUAAUACACUUAGAGAAAGGGAUUGAUUAAAUAGCAUUUAAUCCCACUACUUAUUAGUGCUGCUUAGUAAAAUCAUUUUUAAGAAAGUGGCCUCUAUAGUUUCAUCCACAGUGGCAUUUGAAAUGCCUACUAAUUAAUCUAACCUGUGUCCUUUCUUUUUUGCGUGAUCUUAUUCAUUCUUACUACUUAUUGUUUUUGCAGUUUUAACAUUAAUUCCACUUUUUGGUGCGUUUUCACACCUUGGUCUUGUUUUUUUUUUUUUUUUUUUUUUUUUUUUUUUUUUUUUUUUAAUAUUUCGAACAUUCAUUCCCUGCUUUGUAGAUUUAAAAAAAACAAUGUAAUUUAACAUUUUUAUACAUGUUUUUACAUUUUGAGAGUAAUAUUAUGAGUGGUCAGUGUUGAAGUAUAUUUCCAUUCCAUAAUAUGCCCCUUUUUGUUUAGUACUGCUGUAUUUAACACUACUGUUGAAAAGUUUGAGUCAGUAAGAGUUUUAUUUUAUUUUAUUUUUUAUUCAGCAAAGAGGUAUUUCGUUUUACCAGUCAAAAGUUUUUGAACAGUAAUAUUUUUAAUGUUAAUAUUUUAAAUGUUUUAAUGCAUUUAUUUGAUCCAAAGUACAGCAAAAACAGUACAAUUUUGAAAUAUUUGUAUUAUUUAAAAUAACUUUGCUAUUUUAAUAUAUUUUAAAAUGUAAUUUAUUCCUGUGAUCAAAGCUAAGUUUUCAGCUUCAUUACUACAGUUGUCAGUGUCACAUAAUCCUUCAGAAAUCAUUCUGACAUGUUGAUUUGCUGUUUAAGAAACAUUUUUUUUAUCAGUAUUUAAAACAGCCAAGUAUAUAUGUUUUUCAGGAUUUUAAUAAAAAUUAAUACUUUUAUUUAGCAAGGAUGCUUUAAAUUAAUCGAUUACGUGAUGGCAAAGACAUUUAUAAUGUUACAAAAGAUUUCUAUUUCAGAUAAAUGUUGUUCUGAAAUUUCUAUUGAUCAAAGAAACCUGAAAAAAUCUACUCAGCUGUUUUCAACCUAUUAUUAUUAUUAUUAUUAUAUAUAAUAAAUGUUUUUUUAACAGCAAAUCAGAAUAUUAGAAUGAUUUCUGAAGGAUCAUGUAUGUGACUGUAGUAAUGAUGCUAAAAUUCAGCUUGGAAAUCACAGGAAUAAAUUACGUUUUAAAAUCUAUUCAAAUAGAAAACAAUUAUUUAAAAUAGUAAAAAUAUUUCAGAUUUUUACUGUUUUUCACUGUACUUUGGAUCAAAUAAAUGCAGGCUUGAUGAGCAGAAGAGACUUCUUUAAAAACAUAAAAAUCUUACAGUUCAAAAACUUUUGACUGGUAGUGUAUUUCAUAUCAUUAAAGUUCUUGUAAGCUUGCUGGUCAUUAAAGAAUCCUGACAAAAUGGAUCACAGUUUUCACAAAAAUAUGAAGCAGCACAACUGUUUUCAACUUUGAUUAUAAUAAGAAAUAUUUUUUUGAGCGCCAAAGCAAUAUACGAAUAUAUAAAUUAUUUCUAAAGGAUCAUGAGACUCCAUCACAUUAAUUAAUUACAUUUUAAAGUAUAUUAAAAUAGAAAACUGUUAUUUUAACAAAAUUAAGUAUUAUUUACGGACUACGAACUUUUGAACAGUAGUGUACACUGGAAGUUUUUUUUGGGGGGGGGACAUUUACUGUAUUUGUUUUGCAUCAUAUCGUGAAAAAUUGUGUUUAUUGUGAAAUCAGUGUGUUAUUGGUAUGUAUGUGUUUGCUACUAAAUUAUUAUUUUUUUUAUAUUAUGUUUGUCGCCAGACAGUUAUUUUAAAGAUGCCAUUAUCCCUGUGCUCAUUAUCAGUGCUGAUGCCAGUCUAUACUCUUUUUAGACACUGGUGAAAGUCACUUUUAGCAGAUAUGUGUUCAAAAUUUACAGUCUUUCUCUUCAAGGACAAUGAGCAAAAAUAUUGACCAUUCAUCCUGUACUGAUUUUAGUUCAGAAACUGUCAGUGCUGUGACAUACUGUAACUCAAGCCUACUAAAAAGCUGUCAAGCACUAAUAUCAAGAAAGCCCUUUUUUACUGUAUGAAUGUGUGAAGGAAAUCAUACAAUACAAGCACCAGCCAAAUAGCAAACUCUUCAGUACUUGCAGUGUACCAGCAUUAUUGUACAAGUACUGGGGUGACAACUAAUAAUAAUUACAUGACUUAGCAAACACUGGUAUUUAAAAUAGUCUUGUGUAGUUAUUUGUAAUGAAUAAGACGCCACAGUAAUACACUGUGGAAAAUGCUCUGUAUCUUAUGACCGUUUUCUCAUUAGCUGUGAUUUCAAUUGUACACCAUGCAGAAUGAAUGUGCUGAGUUGACAGUGCUUGUAUGACAGAUAUUUUCCUACCUGCACUGUUUAGUAAUUCAUUUAAUUUUGGAAGGUACAGCACCACGUCAAGUCCUUAAUUUAUUUCUGGAUUAUUAUGUAUUGUAUUAAUAUAUCUGAUGUUAAAUUAUACAUAAGGGAGAUGUACUGACUUAAUAACUGCAAAGACCCAGUUCUCUCUCACAUUGUCUCUCAUUGAUCCCAGUUGACUGCGCCAGUGCCAAUUACUGUGUGUUAAGGAUUUUGUGUCAUUUACAGAUUUGUAUUAGAAAGCGCUGAAUAUUUGUGAAGUCUAGACCUUAACUGUGUUUUUUUGUGUGUUUUUUUUUUUUUUUUUUUUGAGUAGUAAAUGCCUAGAUUUCUAUAUCAGGUUUGCAUUUGUACUGUAUAAGGAUUGUUCACCUGCGAUGUUGCUUGCUGUGUGGUAUUAUUUGCGCUGUCUGUAACAUAUUUUUGUCUAUGAUACUUGUUCAAUGAUUUUCUCUAAGAUGAAACGGUGGUCCAAAAAUGAUUUAAUAAACGUAAUAUACCAUUUGA